UUCUCCUUUCUCAUCACUCCAAAACCCCACCUCUCCUUAUCCCACCACAGAAAUUAUCAGCAUUUUGACAUGGGUUUCCCCGGAGCGGUUUUCAGAUUUUUGGAUGCAUUAAUCGGGCCAACCUGCAUGCUCCUUUUUCCUUUAUACGCAUCGGUACGAGCAAUCGAGACUCCUUCCACACUGGAUGAUCAGCAGUGGCUGACAUACUGGAUUUUGUACUCGUUUAUCACAUUGUUUGAACUAUCCUGUUGGCAAAUCCUUGCUUGGGUUCCAUUUUGGUCGUACAUGAAGCUCCUAUUCUGUCUGUGGUUAGUGUUGCCAAUUUUCAAUGGGGCAGCUUAUAUAUAUGAUCAUUUCGUGAGGAAGUAUGUGAAGAUUGGAGGUACUGUCAGCUCCAGUUAUCCUGAGAGCCAGAGGAAGGUUCUCCUCAUGAUGACCCCCGAUGCCAGGAGGUCGGUAGAGUACUACAUCUCAAAGCAUGGACCCGAGGCUUUUGAAAGGGUCGUCAAAGCUGCUGAAAAGGAAGCCAGGAAGCGAUGAGCAGACGAAGCCAGCUCCUCCCACAGAUUUUCUGAUAUGGGAUUCUGACUGUAACACAAGAACCUUUCAUCUAUAGUUUGCAAUGGCAAAGACCAAGAUGAAGAAAACCAAAAUGUUAUUCUCUAUAGUUAACCUAUAUACAGCAAUGUUCUUGAUUGACCUUUA